ACCGCUGUAGCCUCAUAUAUUAUAGUGAAUGCUCUCUGGGAGCUGCAAACCGUGCAUUGUUCUCUCCAUAGCCGGAUCCACAGAAGCAGCAUGCCCCGGUGCUCUGGAUGGGGGGUCGCUCUCAACUUGCUCUAAGGCCAAUGUAUCGUUACACCGGAAAGCGAAACGCGGACGGAGAUAAAGGGCGACAGAGGCAAAACUUGGACAUUAAACACGAAAUAAUGCCGAUGUGAAACAGGCGAUUAAUGUGAGGAAAAGGACGAAUACAGACAGCAAAGAGACGCGUUUUUGUUCCUGAAUUGGAGAUCAAUAAAAGGGAGGAUAACGUAUGGAUACAGCCGAUGUCUACAUAGAGAAACGGGCUGUAAAUGUGUGAUGGCAGGUCGGAUUUGCACGUUGUGCCGACUGAAACAGGUUGGUUUCUCCUCGAUCAAACUUCAGCAGAAUCAGACGUGGGACAAUUAGCGCGCAUUUAGGUGCCGAGGAUGAACUGAAUCGCUCUCGGUUUGCAGCGGCGCGCCUGAGAUGACAGCUGGUUUAUUAUGGGAAACUGCGCUCCAUCAUUCACUGGACUUUUACUGGAUUUAGAGGGUUAUCCUAAUCGCUGCAUCUGGCUGAAGGUCAUCCACAACAACUGAUCCGGAUAUCAUUGUGUUGUGAGCCCACAGAUGGCCGCCCUGUGUAAUGGAGCCAAGAAACCUGAGGCCAGUGAUCUGGUUGUAGACCCCCGGCCGCCUCCUGCCAAGCUGGCUCGACUGGAACAAAACGGAGCGGGACCCUCGACGCAGGAGAGGAGCUGUCAGGGGAGUCCUGUGGCCAAAAACCCCUGCCUGUCCCAGAAACCCACCCCAGUGAGGCCCCAGAGCAAGAGCUGGCACAGCAAAGGGAGCCUGCUGCCGGUGUUCUGUGUGGUGGAGCACAGAGAAAACCCUCUGGAGGUGGAGAGGAAAGAAGAACACGCUGAGUUUGUGUUGGUCAAGAGAGAUCUGCUGUUCAACCAGCUGAUAGAGAUGGCUCUGCUGACACUCGGCUACUCACACAGCUCUGCUGCACAGGCCAGAGGUCUGAUCCAGGUGGGCAGGUGGAACCCGGUGCCGCUGUCCUGUGUGACAGAUGCUCCUGAUGCCACCGUGGCUGAUAUGCUGCAAGAUCUUCACCAUAUUAUCACACUUAAAAUACAGCUGCACAGCUGUCCCAAACUGGAGGACUUACCACCCGAGCAGUGGAGUCACUCCACGGUAAGAAACGCUCUGAAGGAGCUCCUGAAGGACAUGAACCAGAGCUCCCUGGCCAAGGAGUGCCCCCUGUCCCAGAGUAUGAUAUCAUCUAUUGUAAAUAGCACUUACUAUGCAAAUGUCUCAGCUGCCAAGUGUCACGAGUUUGGUCGAUGGUACAAGCACUUCAAGAAGACCAAAUGCUUCAAGGAUAUUGACAGAUUCUCUGACCAGACUGCACAUAUCACCCUCACUCAGCAGCCAAUCACAAGCAGCCCUGCUGAUCAGAGCCCAACCAUGUUUUUCUCUCAUGGAGAAGUAGCCAGCAUAUGUGGCCGGUCCCCGCUCCUCAGGCGCCCCCCCGGGUUGGUAACCCAGCCAUUAAGCUCACAAAUGGUCAACCAGCAGCUGGUGAUGGCUCAGUUUCUCAACCAGCAGUAUGCUGUUAGCCGCAUGCUAGCUGGCCAGGGUCUCUCACCGUCCCCACAGCAGUUUCUCAACCACCCGCCGGUAGCGAUUCCUCCCCCUCCUCCAAUGGUUUUCUCCAAAGCCCCUGAUUCCCAAGCCCCACAGCAGGCCCAGUGCUGCCCAGGAGGAGGCCCUUUAGCCGGGACGCAAACCCAGACAUUGGCUGGGUCUUCUGUUGGGUCGUCAGACGUGCCAUUUGAAAUCUACCACUGUGUGAGGGAGGAACUGAAGAGAGCAGGCAUCUCUCAAGCUGUCUUUGCACGAGUGGCCUUUAACAGGACCCAGGGUCUGCUGUCUGAGAUUUUGCGGAAAGAGGAGGACCCUAACCACGCCUCCCAGUCUCUGCUGGUCAACCUGCGGGCCAUGUACAGCUUCCUGCAGGUGCACGAAGCUGAGAGGGACCGCAUCUACCUGGAGGAGAAAGACAGAACCUUGACUGGAUUCAUCCCAGGCUGUAAUAACACGCCACCGAGAUCCACACAGGCGAGACUGUCCCCAGUUUUAGGAGACAGAGGGUUGAGGACAGACAGCUGUGUACUCAAUGUGAGCGCUUCUAUCUACGAGGACAUUCAGCACGAGAUGAAGAGAGCCAAGGUGUCUCAGGCUCUGUUUGCUAAAGUUUCCGUCUCCAAGAGUCAGGGCUGGCUGUGUGAGCUGCUGCGUUGGAAAGAGGAUCCCAACCCAGAUAACCGGACCCUGUGGGAGAACCUGUGCAUGAUCCGCCGGUUCCUCAGCCUGUCGCAGACCGAACGAGACGCCAUCUACGAGCAAGAGAGCAGCAGCACGGCUCAGCAGCACUCUGACAGGCUGACACUGCUCAGCAACGACAGCACACUGUACCAACGCCACUCUCCUCUGCCGCAGCAGCACCAUCUCCAGCCCCAUCAGCCCCUGCAGCCAGAGGCAGGACCUCACCUGUCUCCACGGCAACCAUGUGCUGCAUCACCAGCAGAGUGUGAGGCAGGGAACAACUGGGGGCACGUGAGGGUGCAUCUGCAGGGCAGGGGCAGCAGUAAUGGAGAGAGGGGAGACAGUAAGGACUGGGUUGAGGGCGAGAUGAGCAUUUUCGGAGGGGACUGGGGUUGUACUGGGAGGGUGAGGGAGAAGGGUAUGGAAAGUAAGGAGCAGGUGAGGAAUGGGAGUGUUGGGGAGGAAGGGAUUAGUGACAUCAUUAGAGAGUGCAAAGAGGAGGUGAAGCUCACUAUGAAGUGGCCCAGCGUGAAGGAUGAGGAGCGAGGUGAGGCUGGGGUGUGUUUAGAGGCAGAUAGUGAGGUCCAGGGGUUGAAAGUGUCCCAUGAGGCUCUGGGAAUCCUGCAGAGCUUCAUUCAAGACGUGGGACUCGACCCAGACGAAGAGGCCAUACACACCCUGUCCGCUCAGCUGGGCCUGCCCAAACACACCAUCCAAAAGUUCUUCAACAGCCAGGACCAUGACCGGCAUCCACACCACACCCAGAGCCCGAAACUGAGUCAAAAACACGGCUUCACGGACCCAAACCUCUCCCAGACAGUCAUACCUGCAGAGGAACAAGAGGAGGAAGGUGAUGGAAGGACUGAGGCAGAACUAAAGGAGGAGCAGGAGGAGAAUCAAACGGGGAGAAAUGAAGCAAACGGGAUUGAUGUUUUUAAAGAUUCUGAUGUUGGCACUCAAACCAUUAGCACUAUGAAGGAGGAGCACGAGAGCUACAUAUAAACUAAUUCCAUUAGACUUUUGCUAUUUGCUAUUGGUUGUCCUUAAAUCCUGUGGAAAGACUAAAAGCUGACUUUCUACCACAGCCUUAAGGAUGCUACUGCUACAAUAGAAAGCUCUCAUGUGAUUUGACCCCUUCUGCAAUUGAGACAGAACAUAACUGUGACUAUAUGAGCAGAUGAUGUCUCAACACAUUGGUUCUGUGUUGUGUCUGGAUGAAUGGGACCUGAUAAAAGAGCCUCAGAUAACAUAUCACUGUGUAAAAAAGGGUUAUUAUAUUUGGUCGGUGAAAUGUUCAAGCCAGAAAUGCCUUGUAGAAAGUGGCACUGCCAAUCUGUUUUUUUAAAUAUACUGUAUACUUUGUUUUUUAAAAUUGUGAUUUGUGUUCAAAUAUUCGUAAAUCAUUUAAAACGGUUUCCUUCAGGAAUCACACUGGUAUAUCUUACAUUGUCGUUAUUUGUCACAUUGUAAUAAAUCCUGAUUAUGUUAGUUGAAUUUGUAAAUGAUAUAUAGCAUUUAAUCCUUUCAUAAAUGACAGGAAAGUCUCUGCAUUGUUACUGCAGUGUUUAACAAAGGUGACCGAAUGAGUUACUGAUUAAUCUAAACUGCAAAUCGCUCCUUUUUUGUUCAACUUUGAUCACAGAGUUGGUAAAGAUCUAAUUUGCUCCUGAACACAUCAUAGUUUACAUACAAUGUUUCUGUUUAUGCAUGAACCUAAAAAUCUCUCUCCUAAAAUAGCUAUGGAGUGUUUACACAUCUUGCUGUUGUCAUAUUGUUCUUAUUUACAGCAGAGACACAAAGCGUGCUGUAUGGAGUGCACAAUGUUCAAUAUUUCUUCAUGAAAGAACGGGUGUGGACUAGAAGUGUGAGACUGAAGACGUGCAGUGUGUACAUCAAAUGUCAGCUCUAUCAUUUGUAAACAUAAGGACGUAUUCAUAAUUUGACUAUGUGUAUUGUGAAAUUCAGAUUUAACCAUUUUUUUUCACAAACAAUUUCACUGCGAUAAAUAAAAAAAAUGUGUUUUGGGAUGGAAGUAAAAUGUUACAUUUGAAAUCCCUUUAUUUUAUUUAUUUAACAUCACCCACACAAACAGGGACAUAAUGUUUACUACCAGGAAUGUCCGAUUUGAACCUCAUGUGAUAAAAUCUGCGGGAACACAGAGGCUGUGAUAGCUUGGAGGGCAUUGUGCUAUUCCUUUUCUCUGGUUAUUUUCCUCCUUAGUCGCAAAAUAUCAGCAGAUGGUAUUUGCACUUUGACUAUAUUUAGUGUGUACGCAAUGUAUAGAAUUGGAUUUGGGGACAUUUGAGAUUUAUCAAGCAGGAAAGAAUUUCCAAAACAAGUAAAUAAGAGAUGAAGCUCAUUUAUCAGAAUGCUAUUUUAGGAUAAGCAGAAGCCAGCUGUAAAAGACCCAUUAAAGAUGAAAUCAAUCGUUGUGAUGCUCACAGUCUGUACCAGAGUUAGGGAUGAUGAAUUUCUGUUAUAUAACUACGUCUUUGUUGAUGAAUUGCUGUCAUUGUUUCCAUCCAUGGGACAAUAUUCUACAGUGCUGAUCUCUCUCUCUCUGUACCAGUGGAUCUGUGUCUCUGCAAUCACAUGCCCCUCAGUGCUGACGGUGUUUCCUAUCUGUCUCUUUUUAUUCUUUUAUUUUCCGAAGUUUCUAUUUCUAUCCAUGUUUCCGUCUCUCACCCCUGACUCUCAUCUGUCUCUCCUCAGGACUCUUCACAGUGCAGCUCCCCCACUAUUCUCUGAUAGUGCAACAUUCAAGCCCCAUUUCGUCAGAAUAUCUUCAUAGAGUAAUUCAAUAAAGCUAUGCCCUUUUUCUGUCAUCUGUUUCCAUGACGAUACCUAAGUCUGGGCCAGUAAGGGGCCAUGAAAGCCUCAUCAUCAGCAAUAUUAGCUAUAAUAAUGAUGAUAAUGGCGCUCUUGAAAUGCCAUGCCUGCGAUGAUGAUGAUGGUAAUGGCAAUGAUGGUCAUUAUGUCUGCUUUCUGGUAACCCCCACUAACACAAAAACACACACACCAAUGCACACGUUUGACUCAAUAUUGCUUUUUAAUGUCAUUUUUUUUUUCUUCACAUGGACACCUGCUUUUUUUCUGUUGCAUGACCAUCCAGCUGCUUGGUUUUUGUGUCCUAGUUUUUCCUUGGGGCAACACUUUGUGAUAAAGGUGUUUGAUGCAAGCACUUUGCAGAUAAAAUGUACUUGUCUGACCUCAAUUUUUUGCAAUUAAGUCUCCAUAAAACUGUCUUAAUUAAUAAACGUACCCUAAUGUUUUAGA